CACUUCCUCGAGGCGGACGAUCUAGAGCGUGCUUCGCGGCGACGCGCACGGAGGGGGAACUUAGAAGACGGAAGAGAGGACGUGUAGAAACUUGAGAACUUGGAGAUGUGCGGCAAGAAAUACAAUUAGAUGCUAUGUAACUGCUGUAUUCGUUAGUGCUUCAUAUACAGCUUUAGGUAGGCCCUGCCUGCACUCCGCUGUUGCCACACGGCCAGAGGAUUCCAGCAGUUUUCAAACAGACAUUGCACUUGCUCAACCGACCCGAAGCCCCACCGUUACAAAGUCCCCUUUAGCCUGUGUUAAAGUGCGACAAUAACCAGUAAAUUCAACUAACGUUACACACAUUCGGCUUGCUGGCUCAGGGGGACUCGGACGUUUCCUUCGUUUGGGAAAAGUUGUCUGUGUCGGCGUUGGAGGAGCCAACGAGGCCUACAGUUGAGGAGGCUGCAUGUGUGAAGAGCACUGCUGGCGAGGAGUUAGCUCAACACUCAGACAAACAUGUCGGCCCAGGCACAGAUGCGAGCGAUGCUGGACCAGCUUAUGGGGACGGGGAGAGACGGUGACACCAUGCGGCAGCGAAUCAAGUUCACAGAUGAGCGAGUCUGCAAAAGUCACCUCUUAGAUUCAUGUCCUCAUGACAUUCUGUCAGGCACUAGGAUGGACCUGGGUGAGUGUAUCAAAGUCCAUGACUUGGCCCUCAGAGCAGACUACGAGAUUGCCUCUAAGGAGCAGGAGUACUUCUUUGAGCUUGAUGCUGCAGAACACCUUCAGUCUUUUAUUGCUGAUUGUGACCGCCGAACUGAGCUUGCCAAGAAGAGGCUAGCUGAGACACAGGAUGAGAUCAGCGCUGAAGUGGCUGCAAAGGCUGAACGUGUCCAUGAACUGAAUGAAGAGAUCGGGAAGCUGCUGGCCCGGGCGGAGCAGCUGGGGAGCGAGGGCAAUGUAGAUGAGGCACAGCAACUGCUGGAAAAGGUUGAGAAGACCCGAGCUUUAAAGAAAGAGGCAGAGGAUGUGUACAGGAACUCGAUGCCAGCCUCCAGUUUUCAACAACAAAAACUACGGGUGUGUGAGGUGUGCUCUGCCUACUUGGGUCUCCAUGACAACGAUCGACGCUUGGCCGACCACUUUGGAGGCAAAUUGCACCUUGGUUUCAUUGAAAUCCGUGAGAAGCUUGAAAAGCUAAGGAAAGCUGUUGUAGAGAAACAAGAAAGAAUGCGAGUAAGAAGACGAGAGGAACGCGAAAGAGAAGAUGAAAGAGAGCGACAGUGGGAGAUAGAGCGGGAACGUGAAAGAGAGCGGGAACGAGAAAGGGAGAAGGACAGAGAGCGAGAAUGGGAGAGAGAAAGGGAACGAAGGCGGUCAAGAUCUAAAAGUGGAGACCGAUACAGAGAUGGAGGCAGUUCGUCCUCCCAUCGUUCUAGGCGCCACCAUUCCUCGCAUUCCAGAGAAGAAGGUGGUGAUCGGGAGAGGGAAAGGGAGAGAGAGAGGAAACAUCGGCACAAGGACAGACAUCGAUCACGCUCCCAUUCUCACAGACACAAAAGGAAGAGAUCCUCCAGAGACAGAUCUUCUCACACCCAGGAUGGAGAGCAGUCAGCGGAGAGAUGGAGAGAGGCUGCAGGAGAAGGACUGCGAGAGGACAGAACUGAGUAUGGGAACUGGGAUGACAGGGAGAGGUCCGCCUCUCCGGACAUGACCAAGGGCAAGGAACGAGAGAGAUCCCUAUCAUACGAACGGGACCGGCGCUCUAGCUCUGAGGAGCGAGAGUCUGGGGAGAUUUGAACAGGGCGAAAUGUCUCCACAGUCUCUGAUUUGGAUAUAUUGUUGACUAAAAGGAAAAUAAGCAGAUGAGAGUGUUGGUGUGAAUGUAUGUGUGUGGAAUUUUGUAUGUGUGUUCAUGUAUAAAGAGGGACAUUAGCCAGGGUGGUUGGUGGGGAUGAGGGAACGACUUCAGUAGUGGCACUCAAGGAAACAUGCAAACCAACUUUUAUAGAACUGUUGGAGGAUAGGCUGACCUGGAAGCAGUGUGGUCAUCAUUUUGUUUUCACAGUGAUCAAUGAAAAGACAGCGACCCUACUUUAAGUCUAUUUUUAUUUUACUCACAUGAAGUUAUUUUUUUAUCCUUAGUUGGACCUUUGAUGUUAAAACUAUUUUCUUCUGUUCAAUUAGGAAUCUUAUCAGUUUAAGAACCUGGGUUCAUUGAUGUGGCAUAGCCGUUGCUGCAAUCCUUGAAAUGAGCUGUAAAUGACUGAAGGUGCUUCUAAUUUUUCAGUUUUAUUUGCUGCCUUCAAACCAUAACACACUCAUUCAGCAAAUCUGACAUGUACAUCCUUUAAGAUGCAGUGAUGAGCUUGUACUUUUAAAAUAAUCGCGCUCUUCCCCCUGAAGGGAGGGAAAUAUUUCUACUCAGAUCCCGACAUGUGAAGGUAUAUAGAUGACAUAUUUACACUGAUACCUUGCUGUGAUAUUCCCUGGUCAUGGGUAGGUAGGGGCUCUGCUUUGCUGUGUCACUAUUAUGUGAAUAAAAUGUUCUGCUGCA